ACAGGAAUCCAUAAAUCGAUCUCGGCAGUUUUCGAGGGUUUUUUCUCCUCCGUCUUCAUCGUCAUCGUCUUCAUCACUCCCUCUGUAAUAUCAAAUAUCUGGAUUUUAUUCAGCUUCAGAUAAUCUCAGUCGAUCGAAGGAUUCUUUUAUUAGAAUCCCUGUUUGUGUGUGUAUAUAUGCACAAAAAUAUAUAUACACAUACAACAAGAUGAAUGUGGAGCUGGCUUCUAACACCCAUGGGAAUCUGGACGAGCAGAUUUCACAGCUCAUGGAGUGCAAACCCUUAACCGAACCUGAGGUUAGGACAUUAUGUGAGAAGGCGAAAGAGAUACUAAUGGAUGAAAGCAACGUUCAGCCUGUAAGAAGCCCUGUUACUAUCUGUGGUGACAUUCAUGGACAAUUCCAUGAUCUUGCUGAACUUUUUCGUAUUGGAGGAAAGUGUCCAGAUACAAAUUACUUGUUUAUGGGUGAUUAUGUGGAUCGAGGGUAUUAUUCUGUUGAAACUGUCACUCUCUUGGUGGCUCUGAAAGUAAGGUACCCUCAAAGAAUUACAAUUUUAAGAGGGAAUCAUGAAAGUCGACAGAUUACUCAAGUCUAUGGGUUUUAUGAUGAAUGCCUUCGAAAGUAUGGCAAUGCGAAUGUUUGGAAAACAUUUACUGAUCUUUUCGAUUAUUUCCCACUCACUGCAUUGGUUGAAUCAGAGAUAUUUUGUCUUCAUGGAGGAUUAUCACCUUCAAUUGAAACUCUUGAUAGUAUAAGAAAUUUUGAUCGUGUUCAAGAGGUCCCACAUGAAGGUCCAAUGUGUGACCUUCUUUGGUCUGACCCUGAUGACCGUUGUGGUUGGGGCAUUUCACCUCGUGGGGCCGGUUACACUUUUGGCCAGGAUAUUUCAGAGCAAUUUAACCACACCAACAACCUAAAGCUUAUUGCUCGAGCCCAUCAACUGGUGAUGGAAGGAUUCAACUGGGGACAUGAUCAAAAGGUGGUGACUAUCUUUAGUGCACCAAAUUAUUGUUACAGAUGUGGGAAUAUGGCUUCUAUCUUGGAGGUUGAUGAUUGCAAGGGUCACACAUUUAUCCAGUUUGAACCUGCUCCUAGGAGAGGGGAACCUGAUGUAACCAGAAGGACACCCGAUUACUUCCUUUAAACUCAACUCUCACUAAUGCUCGUACUCAUGGAAUGGUUGAGGGUAUUAUGGUCUUUUGCUACAGUGGCAUUAUCUAAAGGUUUUGAUUGAUAUGAUAGAAACUAGAAAGGGGUUGGUUGUGGUUGUGUAGUUGUACAUCAGACAUGUUUUGUCAUUCCAACAUUCUAACCUAGGAUUAUGCCACUGUCAUGUCAAAUGUCUGAGGAUGUGAUGUAAUCUAUAUUAUAUGAUUAUUUUGUUUU